AGUAUAUUUAUGUAUCAUAUCAUAUAUUAUUAUAUAGGUAGUGAACAAUCUGUUCGGGUCAGGUUAAGAUGCAGUGACUGUUCCUCAACCCUUGCAGUUUGGCAGGGUCGUUGUCUGGGGAGCAUCUGGGAUAGACUCCAGGAAACAGACAUUUACAUUUACUUUUAGCAGUAAGUUGAUCAUUGCUUAUGAGAGAAGUACAGAGAGUAGAUGGGUUCGUGUGAGGUGGGGUGAAAGAGUUUGCGUAAACUGGGUUCGCAGAAUCCGUGUUCGCAGAAUCUGUUGUUGUUAACAAUGUUUAUCCAAGCUAAGGAAAUAUUCAAAAUGUCACGCCGACCUGGGAAAGGAACUGGGAGGUUGAUGGUGGGCCAGAUGCAGCUGGAGCUGGACAGAUAACACGGCCCAGCGCCAGGACUUUCCAAGUAGCCGAGAAAAACAUCUACACGUCCUUAUUUGGACAUGUGGAAAGAUUUUAGGUGGUGGUUAAAAGCAGGCCUUCACAGGCUGGGGUUUUCAGAGCGCUUCGCAGAGGGUCCGCUGGUAGCACACAGCGGACCUUUUCCAACCUCUCGGUUCUCUCUGCAGAGGAACAAGCAGAAAUUGGCGUCACGAACAGGAUCCCGCGGCAGGUCGUCUGGACAGUGUGACCAGGGACGAUAGUCCUGAGGACUAGGGUCGCUCAGCCUCCAGACCUCUACAGCUGUUCUGAGUGGGAGGACUGCUCACCCGUCUGGAUCGCCUCUGACGAGAUCCAACGAACUCAAAAUCCAACGAACACAAAAUCCAACCUCUACUCGGCCCGGUGAGAGAGAUUCCGUUUUGUUGCGACUUGUUGAAGAGAAAAAAAAAAAAAAAAAAAAGAAACGGGUUUGAAAUUGGUUUCAGUUAUUCGGGGUUUACUUGGCUCUGAUCAUUUGGUUUAGGGAAAGUAAGGCAAAUACAGUAACAAUUGAUUCUAAAACAUCCCCAACUAGACUAAAACAAACAACGACAAAAGAAAAUAUAACUAGGACUAGAGAUAAUAUUUCUAAAACGACUAUUUGGCUGAAAACAUCCAAAAAUAAUAUAUAUAUUUUUUUAAAUUUUAAAUUCAAUAUUCGGGUAAAAUUAAUUAGGUCAAAGUCUACCCUGGUGGUCGAGACGGUGGUUGCUAAGGGUUGGCUCGUGGGACCGAGCUUGUUUUGUCUGUACUGAGGAUACAGACCAGUGUGCAGAUCUGAGCGCAGUCCAAAGGGUGUGGACAAGGAAAUAAAAGACGGCUUCUGAAAUACGGAGCGCGUUUGCAGGGGGAAGUGGUUUUGAGAUACGAGGGACCCGGGUCUUAGAGGGGCCUGACGGUGAGGGACCACUUCUGAGAACCCUGUCGCUGAUCUGAGCGGUUCCCUUUCUACGGAGACGUCCGUGGAAGAGAAACUUCGAAAAAAGGUUCCGGCCGGAACACAUAAAAAUCUAAGGCAGGAAACCGCCGGGACUCUGAAAGAUGGGUUCGGGGCAAUCUAAGUCUCCACCACCAGACUGCAGCAUUACAAAAUUAAUGAGACAUAAAUAUGGUGAUGAGUGCGUGUCAUGUCUUCACGACUGGACAAAACAUUAUGGGUUUCAAGAAGGUGGAUCACUCAGUGUGAAGGACAUACGCGCUUUAAAAGAAAAAUUAGAAGAGAAGGAGAAACAGCUCCGUAAAAGUAGAACGAUCAAAGUUAAAACCUUAGAAGAAAUUGAAUUAAACAACAGAUGCCUUGAGAUUUGGGUUAAAGAAUCAGAACGCAGGGAAAGACUGAAAUGCCAAAAAGAGUUAGGAGGGAGAAAGGAUGAAAGUGGUGACGUAGCUGGCAGAAAAGAUAACAACUCUGUUGAAGCUUGCACACCGCCACUAUACACACAUACACACACACAGCAUGAUGAGAAACAGAGCGCUCCCACUGUUUCUGCUUUGUAUCCUUUUGCAGAGCUGAGCGCGGUCAAGGUGAAUCCCGACCUGGACUCCUUCUACGUCAGCAGGAGGGCCGGGCAGGGUGGACAGCCGGACCAACAGCCUGACCAACAACAACAGCCUGCCCCAUAUCAACAGCCUGCCCCACUGCAGCAGCCUGGCCCACAUCAACAGCCUGGCCAACCUCUGUCAUCAGGAGCUGCAACAUCGGCUGCAGAGCAGUCAGAGCAUGUGGAGGACAGUGUAAAUGCCACACCAACUCCUGGAAUGGAUGUAGAGGCGUUCUGGGCCAACUCACCUGUCGGCUUCAUUCCUACAUCAUCCGCUGCCACAAGCUGUGCCCAUGCACCAACUGCCACUACGAGUGCUGCCUCUGCAACUACCAGCGUUCGUACCCUAAGGAGCAACACACCAGUAGCUCCAGAAAUCAGCUUGCCCAUGGUGGAAGUGGCCGGCCCUGAAGGAAGCAUGUUAGUGCACAGACCAUGGAAUAGCGCUGACAUAGCUGACUUUGCUCAAAAUCUCCCAGACAUCACUGUAUCAGGAAAGACAUUUGGUGCCAACCUUCUGGCUUUCUGCCAGGAGUACAGACCCACUGGAGCUGAGAUCCGUCGCAUCCUGGCCAAACGUCUUGCACCUUGUGAAUACCAAAAGCUGGCUAGGCAAUUGCCUGAUGUGACACUGGCUCUCAAACACAAAGACUGGACAAACAACUUAAAUGAUGGAUUCGUUACCGCAGUGAGGACGCUUGUUGCCCACCUCGAAACUGCGUUCCCUGAUAAAGUCUGUAUGAUUAAAGUCACCACAUGCAAACAACAACCAGAGGAAUCAGUUGAUGACUUUGUUCACCGCCUCACCACCGCAUACAACACACACGGAGGGGUUCAUCCUCCCCCGGAAGGAGUGGGAAGACUCAUCUGUUCAACAUACGAGAGUCACCUGUGUGAACUGGUGAUGAAAGGCUUACUCCCUGAAGUUUUUGACGCCGUGAAGCAGUCAUACAUCAGAUGGAAAGAAGAAGCGCGUCUGUCUGACCUCACAAGACACGCACGCCAUGCUUAUGACACUCUCCAGCAGAAGAAGAUGGCGAAGAAGGAAAAACAACAGAGCGAAUUGUAUCUGCCAUCCUUGGAGAUGUUCUCUGCAAUGCAUAACAAUAACAGAGGAGCGGGCAGGUUUCGCGGGCGAGGACGAGGAAGAGACUUCAGACGGAAUUGGCCCAACAGAGACACAGGAGGCGCAUCUGGAGAUCCAGGAAACGCCUGCCACAUCUGCGGCGAGAUGGGACACUGGAAGAAGUACUGCCCCCGGCUACGUCAGGUUCCACCCUCCCGGGCACUCUCGUCAGACUGACUAGAGAAGGAGCCCAGCGAAGGUUUCCGUUCACAUGAUGACGUAGACGGUGAAAGCGGCUCUGCCCAAACAGGCGACAGAACCACUGCACAUCAUUCAACCAGGAGACUGGGUGAUCAUUAAGGAGCUUCGCAGGAAGCACUGGAACUCAAAGCGGUGGCAAGGUCCCUUCCAAGUCCUUCUGACGACCAACACGGCUGUGAAGAUCGCAGAAAGAGCGACUUGGAUCCAUUCCAGCCACUGCAGGAAGGUCCCGGAUCCAACAGACGACCCUCCAUCUCCAUCUACACCACACGAGAAAACCACCACUGACGAAAAGAAUUGAGAAGGACGACCCUCGCUGUGCUCACACACGCACUGAGGCGAGGCUGCGUUGACCAUACAGCUGAAGGUGUGAGCCAAGCGCCGCCUGAAGCUGCACCGGUGAAUCACACUAUCAGACCAUACAUCUACACACACGCUCCUGAGAAAACACACACACAAGCAGCCUUGAGUUGCCGAUGCUGGACGACGUGUAAACUCUUCACAUCACGGGAGUGACAGUGACUCAGACGACAUUGGGAGGAAACCUGGAGGUGAUAACGAAUCCCAGGUGUCUCUGUGAUCAGCUGAUCACAACCUGAAGAACCCCAACGAACUGUCAAGGUGUCAACAAACAGGUUGGGAACAAUCUAACGCUACUAUUCAACAGGAAGAAGAAGACACUGAUUGUGACCCUGUUGCUUUGAUCCUUAUUGUAUGUUACUUUAAUAUUUGCUCUAAAUUGUGUGGUUGAUUUACAUGUAUACCUCUCUGUGAUUUCAUCCACUGUUCUUAAACAAAGCAUUUUAUGCUUCCACUUGAUUCACACUUACACACAAAUUUUUAUCUUCCACUGACACAAAAUGACAUUCACCAGACGAAAAACGAUAAAAAUGAUUGUCAUAUCAACCAUUGCGGUGACAUGUGUGACCCUCCCGUACUUCUGGAGAACUCGCACAUUUGUUCACUAUAGAUCCAAACGCGACAUUAAGGACCCUAAAGCCUGGCAGCUUGCCCAAAACUACGUAAAUCAGAACCCCACAGGGAACUUAUGGUUAGCGUACCUCAAGUACACUUCUAAAACCCUCACAAAUAAUUCAUGUGUAGCAUGUGCUGUCGCCAGACCCGAUCUCAUGGCUGUGCCCACUCCCUUUAACAGCAGUGAGUGUUACAACAAGCGACAACUGCACAAUAAAGACACCGGGUGUAGAUACACUGCGGACCCCAGCAUUCCAAGAUGUGAUCCGUCUUGCAAAAUGCGCGCCUUGCACAAUCUGGGCAAGGGUAUGGAGAUGUACAGUCCCGUCACACAUAAGAAAGUUAAGGUGGCCGACAUCAAGGUAACGAAAAAGGAGCCCGCGGCUCCCUUGUAUUACACGGUGUGUACCACGUGUCACUUUGAAUGCUUCACCUCCAGCCUCGACGGAGGAAUAGAUGUAGGCCACUUUCCCAAUUGUCACCUGACGUGGGACGUCUCCAACGCACACGGACUUAACCCUGAAGACCAUGUGAUCCGGUUUGCGAUUCCAACUCACACCGGUGCUGCCCCUUUACCCUCAUAUACAUAUAGGAUCAAUAAUGUCUCACACGUUGCCCCAUCCUCCACCGACUUAGUCCAGCAAAGGAAGCCCUUGUCCGACAUGUGGUGGCUCUGUGGGGAUCACCCCAGGGCCACCUUACCAACCAAUUGGACCGGCACCUGUACUCAGGUAGUGUUCCUCACAGGGGGAAUACACCUUUUGCCCUCAGCUCCACAGAAACACUCACGCACCAGACGCAGGGCUCCAGGAGGUUCCUUGGAUCCUGACCUUUACAUAGAUGCAAUAGGCGUACCACGAGGAGUGCCGGAGGAGUUUAAGGCUCGCAACGAGCAUGCGGCGGGGUGGACGAGUGCUAUACCCUUUAUGGACCCCAUCAUAGAGGUUAACAAGAAUUCAGCCUGGAUCAACUACCUUUAUUACAAUCAACAGCGUUUCAUCAACAAAACUGCGGGCGGUAUGAGAGGCAUGUCUGGGCAGCUGGCUCCCACGUCUCAGAUGACUUGGCAGAAUAGAAUGGCCCUGGACAUGUUGCUAGCGGGGAAAGGAGGUGUCUGCGUUAUGUUUGGAGAAGCGUGCUGUACUUUUAUCCCCAACAACACUGAUUCUAAUGGUACUGUGACAAAGGCUAUUGAGGGCCUUGAGAGUCUUCGAGACGAAUGGGCUAGAAACUCCGGCGUAGAUCCGUCCCCUUGGCGCUGGCUAGACCAAACUUUUGGAAAAUGGAAAUCAGUUUUUAUGUCGGCAAUAGUCUCGCUUAUCAUCUUCAUGGCCGUGAUCAUGUUGCUUGGUUGUUGUGUUAUUCCUCUAAUUAGGGGUCUCAUCAUGCGCGCGAUAUCAGCGGCGCUUUCGUACCAAAUGACACAAUGCACUACAUUCAGGAAUCCAGAUACCGAUUCACUCAUCGGUUCUGAUGCUGACUCUGUAGAGGAUGAUGUUGACGUUGAUAACGAGGACCACAAAGAUGACUCCGAUGAUGAUGGUAGUGACACGGAGACUGACGCCACAAUAGUUUAAAUCAACAUAUAACCCUCUUCCCAUUUUUGCUUGACUGAACGUGAUCUAAUUGAUUAUAGGCUUAUGUCCCUGUCUUUCCAAAGCUCAUACACAAGGGUUAUUCUAGUAUAACUACCCACAAAAACAGCUCACAAGCUUUUUAUCCCUACGCCAUUUACAUUUUUAUAAACAAUACAUUUAACGAAUCAUUUUUAAAGAAUGCUUUAUUACUACAAAAUGAAUGCCACGAUUGACAAUUUUUAUUCUUUUAAUGUUUGAUUAAUGUGUAAUCAAAAGGGGGGAAAUGUAAUGGAAAAAUUGUACUUUAAUGCUUUUGUGUUCAUUUCUGACUCUGCAUAGUGACCAUGCAUUCUGUACUUGUUGAUUAGACCCAGAACUGAACAUUCUCAGACAGACAAUCUAUCUCCCUCUCAAGGUGACCGAUUGUUCAUGGCCUGAGUCUGCCUUUUAACCCUGGGCUCUGGCUCCUUUCUGUCUGAUGCCUCACCAGACCCAAGGCUGUAGCCUUGUUUAUUCCCUGUGUAAUAUGAACAUCUUCACCCACAGUGUGAUAAGGAGAUUCCACCAGGUCCAGGGAAAAAGGUUAAAAGGCAGAAGCAACUUGAGAAUCGUGGGCUCUUUGCAUUAUACCUUCGUGGUGUGUGCACUGAUCUCCCCAGCUGGUUUUUGGUUUGUUGAUGUGCACGAUCAACAUCCAUGCUUUUUAUUUGCUUUCCCCAUUAUUUUUAUUUUAUCCUUUCUUUAUUAUUUCAAUAAAUCGCACAAAAGGACAA